CUCACGCUUUCUGAAGCCAGCGUUUCCAUUCGGGUGUGAAAAACUGGAUUACCUCGCCGGGAGGAAGUAAAACCUACCCUCAAGUUAAGUUAGGAAGCGUUUCAUGUUAUUAUCAGUCCUACUGCAAGAUUACUGUCAUUUAAAGUUUUUUUUUUCGACGUUAUUUAUUUUAUUAUUUUUUGUCUUUUUUGUGUUGUAGUUUAAGGGUGGUGUAGCGGAACGGUGUAAACCCGAGAUAACAGUAGGUUUUGUCACUUAUCUGCAGAAGCUGACUUUUGUCUUCCUGGGAGCGGAGUUGCCGAAAGAAAACUAGCAGUUGCUAGUUAGCAAGUCACCCACUUAGCUUCCCAGCUAUCCAGCUCUUUCCCUUAACUGCCACAUUAAGUCCCACCCUCACCAACUGCGUGGACGCUGGGCUGCAGCGGUGAAGUCGAGUAUAUUUUCUCCCUCUGAACUUAGCCAGCAUCCUUUUACACCUGGCUGGCAAAAGAAAAUAUCCUCCUGUUGGUUUGCAAAGUUGGGUGUCGUUAAGAUAAUAUAGCUGGCUUGACGUUUGACAAGUGUCUUCUUCAGAGGGGUACGAUCGCUACACUGGCAAAGAGACUGGCUAAAAAGAAGAGGCGAAACAAGAGAGAACAAGGAAGACACCGAGAAGGAGGUGACUGGCUAGCAUAGCCGGGGAGAUAGAAUCACACAUAAACGCUGCCACCGAGCCACACAGCCAUGAGUAUUGAGAUACCGGUGGGGCUGACAGAACUGCUGCAGGGCUACACUGUGGAGGUGUUACGACAAAGGCCGUCAGACCUGGUGGAUUUUGCAGUACAAUACUUCACCCGUUUGCGAGACUCCAGAAGUCAGGAUGGCUCCAGCACAGGUGGCAAGGCUGGGAAGGGGGUGAUGUUUGACGGGGAGCCGAUGCAAACGGAGUCCAAUGGAGAGGAUGAUGAAGAUGACGACUCUGACUUUGAGCCUCCACCACCCAGCAGAUUCAACAGGAGAGUGUCGGUUUGUGCAGAGGCAUUCAACCCAGAUGAAGAUGAUGAGGACACUGAGCCCAGAGUGGUUCACCCAAAAACAGAUGAACAGCGCUGCAGACUGCAAGAGGCCUGUCGAGACAUCCUACUUUUCAAAACACUAGAUCAGGAGCAGUUCUCACAGGUGCUGGACGCCAUGUUUGAGUUAAAGGUUCAGCCCGAGGAGCAUGUCAUCGACCAGGGAGACGAUGGAGACAACUUUUAUGUCAUUGAGCGGGGUGUGUAUGACAUCGUGGUAAAAGGAGUAUGUGUGGGUCAGUAUAACAAUAAGGGCAGCUUUGGCGAGCUGGCUCUCAUGUACAACACGCCACGCGCCGCCACCAUCGUAGCCACUGAGGAAGGAGCACUAUGGGGCCUGGACCGUGCUACUUUUCGUAGGCUCAUUGUAAAGAACAAUGCCAAGAAGAGGAGGAUGUAUGAGUCUUUCAUUGAGUCUGUGCCCUUACUUAAAACACUGGAGGCAACAGAGAGAAUGAAAAUAGUGGAUGUAUUAGGAAUGAAGCAGUUCUCCGAUGGCGAGCGCAUCAUCACACAGGGAGACAAAGCUGACUGCUUCUACAUUGUAGAAUCUGGAGAGGUCAAGAUCAUGAUGAAGAGUAAAACGAAGGCCGGCCAUGCAGAUAAUGCGGAGGUGGAGAUAACACGCUGUAGCAGGGGUCAGUACUUUGGAGAGCUGGCCUUGGUCACCAACAAGCCCCGGGCUGCCUCAGCCUACGCAGUGGGAGAUGUCAAGUGUUUGGUAAUAGAUGUGCAGGCAUUCGAGCGCCUCCUGGGCUCCUGUAAGGAGAUCAUGAAGAGGAACAUCGCCCACUAUGAGGAGCAGCUGGUGGCUCUGUUCGGCUCCAGCAUGGACCUGAGAGACUGAGCCUCCCACACCACCCUCCGUGCCUUCUUUUUCCACACACACACACACACACACACAAGCAAACGUAUACACAGACAGACAUAUGUCCUCUCCCACAUCAUGCAGUGGUUAUAAGGUCUCAUAAGCAUUACACAGAUGGUGCAAAAGCACAGGAACGUGUACUUGGCUCACCUGCAGGUACAUAAAUCGUCAGAGUUUGAACACACUUACCCUCUCACACAUAUGCACACACAGUCACCUAUGGUAGGCACAGAGUUGCACACCUCACUUAGUCUGCUCGCUCUGGAGCACAUACUAGCUCAACAAAUUCCUUGAUAAUCUGACUUUGGUUAGAUACACACACACUCACAGCCGGCUAAAGGCCACAUGCCUCAUAGCUUGAGCCAGCUUCAACCUCUCAGUAUGAAUGUCUCUGCUGUGGUGACCUUAAUACAGGUAAAGCAGUGCAAGGACAUCAAGUACGCACACACUCCAUACACACAUUUGAAAACACAUCCUCAUACUUCAUGUGUGCAGGCUUUACAUUCAUGUGAGCACUUGAACAACUCAGAGUUGUUCAAGGCCUCAGCCAAGGACACAUCAACAUAAAGGCACACACACAGUUAUAGGUACAGAUGCUUAAAAACACAACCACACUUGCAAAACACACAGUGGAGACAAAAAAAAAAAAACAAUAAUAAAAAAAACAAAACAGGAAAUUUAAAGAAAA